AUGUCGCACGGGUACUCCAAAUAUGCUGCUGGUACCAACACCGGCCCUCUCUACGCCCAGACGAGCGGCACUGCAUACGCGCGCAGCGACACGCCGUCGUCGUUCCGUAUUCCGCCGCGGGGAAUGUCGUCCCUCGGUAGCGAACUCGGCGCAAGUACCGAGCGCAUCACCCAACGCAUCGCCGAGACGCGGGAGUGGCUUCAUCAAAUGCAGAAGGAGGUGCGGCGAUCACGGCGCAGACAGCGGGUAGAGGAAAAGAGCGCAUCUCUGGUGUGCUCUGUCCUGCGUGCGAGCAGCGCCAUAUUGACGGGAAUGGCAGCGCGUCAACACGCGUCGAGUGGUGGACCGCCCUACCGCUUCCGUUACGCGCUCGAAUCAUUCCUAGACGGAACACCAUUCCUAACCCCACAGGCGCUGUGCCGCUACAACACAGCCGUCGCCGAGAUGCUGAGCGACGAGCACUUAGAGCUGUUGCGCCGUUACGUCUUCGACUACGACGAGGCGGCCUUCGCAGACCUUCUGUACGCCGACGAGGUGGUGCCGGACGCUCAGCACCGCGGGCCGCACGGCGCCGACACGCGCGUGCUUGAAGCGGUGCGGAGCUUCAAUGAGCGGGCGCGCCGGGCGCUGGAGCGACUCUUCGUGGCGCCCGGCGGCCUCGUAGACGCCACAAUGCGGGCAGCACUGCUUGUGCCUGUCGUCGCCGACGAGGGGGACGAAGACUACGACGAGGCCUGA